UCCAUUAAGCUAGGCAUCAAAGAUCAUGAAGAAAAACAUGAAAAGAUGUACUACCAAUUGCCAAAGCCAAAGGGAUUAUCAUAUAACUUUGUCUUUACAUUUUCUGUGGCAUUGGAGGAUAUUAUAAAGCUAUAUAGCUGGCUAGUUAAGCUAUCGGAUCGGAGACGAUGAUCACGGUUGCUGCUGUAUCUGUGGAGCAGAAACAAUGGAUUUACUGCUUCUAAGACCAGCUUGAGGUUGAAGUGUUCAAAAUGUAUGUGCAAAGACAAACAUACAGAAGAAGAAAUAUUAGCUGCAAUAAGCAUACAUUUGAUUUCUCUCGUUAAUUAGUUCGUAGCUUAUCCAUACCAAAUACCCGAAAUCAGCUGCUUUGUAGAGGGGAGAGGAAAGCAAAAGCCUAGUGACCGGAGACUAUGAACGAGACUGGUUCUGAAAGACCAAAGCCAUGGAACAUAUACUACACAAGUUCAGACCCUUCUUCUUCUCAAUCAGGAAUUGAUCGACAAGUGCAAUGGAAGGGCUCCGGGACAUCGAGCAUGAGUGCCAUUUCUUACGGUUUUGUAGCCACGGCUAUCUUGAUUUCCAUGUUUCUUAUCAUGGCUAUCUUUGAACAUUUGUUUAAGCCAAGUCCUAAUUCUUUUUCCACGCCUCAAGCUCUCACUCAUCAUGCAUCUCCCGAGUCCGGACAUUUUGACAAGCAUGGAAGAAUUAUUCCACAAACAGUUUCAACGUCGUAUGCGCCAGAUUUCUCAGUAGUGAUGCCGGGAGAGCAGUGUCCGACCUACAUUGCACAACCAGCUCCUCUGCCGAGGUGCUCCAGGGAAGGGAUUUAUUGGCCUUCCCAUGAACAUAAUAAAUUUGUACUUCCUCGUUAGGAUGGUUGUAGAUGAUACUUUCCCUGCGGCAUUAUAUUAUAACAACUGGAGAGGCUGUUUGUAUAUCAAUUUCCUGCCUGCGAAUAACUACUGUCCAUCACCACAUAACAGCAGUUGACUACUUUGAAACGUCGUCAAGAAUCCGAUCUUUCUUACUGUAUUUUGUGUUUUCCUUUCUGGUGAGGGAGUGAGAUGCAUAAAAAACUCCCAUGGUUAAGAACUACGUCAAGUGCAUGACUACAGAUGGAUAUUUUCUGUGAGUUGCACAGAGUCCUAUUUACAAAGAAAAUUAAGGAAAGUUCAAUUUUGUACGA